AUGCAAAACCCUGAUCCCCGACCUCUUCCCAACGGUUGGACUCAACACUAUGAUACAUCAAGGAACACUUGGUAUUAUGUUCAGAUCAACGUUACGCCCCCGAGGGCUUCCCAUCAGCAUCCAGCAGAUCUGGGGCCAGUCAGCCAAGCAGGGCUUUCGGGAGCUUUAGGUGUCCCACCACCCCCGCCUUCUCUUUACCCCGGGAUACCAGCAUCUCUGCAGAGUGGUCAGGGCCCUCAGUCAAAUGGAGGUUCUGGUCUUUCGCUUGCUCAGCGUCUUUAUGCGAACUCAGCCAAGACGGAAUCAACUCCGCCAUUGAUCUCGGCUAGCGCUAGAGAUCUCAGAAAUCUGGACGUUCCCCAAGCACCUCCCAGACGCACGUCUAUGUCUGGCAUUUCCACGCCCCCAGCCCCAGUUUCACCUCCAACGGGCCUCAGGUCGUCUCCGUCUUUGCAGAAUAUCCCUCGAGAGAAUGAUGCAACCUAUAUACCCACAAAUUUCGCUGAUCGUCGUACCGACCAGCCUAACGGAUCUGGCAGCUCCAGGACGGAUACUUCAGUCCGAUCGGAUUCGGAUAUCGCGCCACCGUCGUAUGCAUUAACGGAUGAUGAAUUCUCGAUUCCAGAUCAAACGAACGACAGUCAAGAAGCCCCUACAAUCCAGCCGCCCCCUCUCGACAGAGCACAGUCUUACGAUGUGCCUCCGCCUCCUCUCCCGAAAGAUAACCAUCCAAACCUAGCCAAUGAUGGUACUGCAUCCCAAUUCCCUGCUUUCCAGAGAGCACAAUCUUAUCAAGUGCCACCGCCCCCUCCUUUUUUGGGACACAGAACGACGUCAUAUCCUGCUAGCAGUUCUGCAUAUCCAUCAUCUUCUACUGGACCUCGAUCUACUCCCCAAACCAGCACCAUGGCCCAACCUCAACAAACGGGAAAUGCCUAUGAAUCGACACCAUAUCGCCAAACGACGGCUUCUCAGCCGCCACCCUGUCAAGGCAUGCCUGCUACAGGCAACCGACCGACGCCACAACCCCAGGCGCCAGGUGGCUCAGCGGUCGGAAACUCAAUUCUGAACAGCAACGUAGUACAAGCGCUUCUGAAUAUAUUCUCUGGUUCAAAUUCGGGGGUCAACCAGUCCACUCUACAUGCAGUGCUACAGGGCCAGCCUGGUGCCGACUACCAGAGCAUUAUCAACGCCUUGACGCUAAAGCAGCAGCAGGCGAACAUGCACCGCUUCCAGGGAUCUCAGCAGACACCUCCCGUCGACUACCAGCCUUUGAUUAAUGAGUUGAGGCUUCAGAUGAUCUCUAGCUCUCAGUCGGCUGCCACUCAGCAAGCGUUUGCUCGCCUAGCUCAGCAAGCUUCCACCCAACAGAGUUCCACCCAACAGGCUUUCGCUCGCCUGGCUCAACAGACUUCUCCUCAUCAGGCUUCCUCCACUCAACAGGCUUUCGCUAAUUUGGCUCAGCAGUUUUCAGGUCCCUCUGCCACUCAGCAGGUUUUUGCCCACCCAGCUCAGCAAGCCUCGGGUCCCUCUGCCACUCAAAAGGCUUUUGCUCACCUGGCUCAACAAGCUCAACAGGCUGCCCCUCAACAGCCUUUCGCUCAGCAACCAUUCGCUCAACCACCGUUCGCUCAGCAACCAUUCGCUCAACCACCGUUCGCUCAACCACCGUUCGCUCAACAACCAUUCGCUCAACAACCAUUCGUUCAACCGCCUUUUGCUCAACCGCCUUUUGCUCAGCCGCCUUUCGCCCAACCGUCUGUCGCUCAACAGUUCGCCGCUCAACAGACCGAAGCUCAACAGGUCGCCGCUCUGGAAGAGCAGAUGGCUGCUCUACAAGCUUAUCACCGGGUAGCAGCGCGUGGCCGAAACAACGCCCUUGACUUAUUGGACGAUGGGAGGUAUACUUAUGUCAAGAAGAGAUCAUCGAACCCCAUUUUAGACCUUAUUUAACGGCGGCAAGAUUUGCAUGUUUAAAGGUUUACGGAACUGUUACUGCGGUUUGAUAUCGAACGCACAAGGUCCAGCAGCUGCAAGUUGGAAAUCUUCAAAGGACUCACGCAAUAAUAGUGGGAUGUAGGAGACAGUCAUGGAGUUUGUGGUAUCACGAGGGUUUGGAUUUUCUUUGGCCCUCCAACAUUUAUUUGGACUCAGUAGCGAGUUCUGUACGUAACUCUGACGUUAGAACUCUCCGUCUGUCAAUGAUCUACGUGCGUGUGGGGCGGCUGACCUGUCAUGCGAACGUACUUACGUCUUCGAAGUUCUGCGUCAUUUUACCUUCAU